AUGGAUUGUGAUACAGAAAUUACUGUGAUAGCAAGUGUGACACUGCUUAUUGGCUUGGUGGUAGUUUUGAGACUGAUCUACUGCCUGCCAUGUGUCUACUACUCCAGCACAAAACGCACGAUAGACGAAGCCAUGAGAAUACCAAAGGGAACCAAGAUCAUGAUUCUUUUGGGGUCCGGAGGUCAUACUGGCGAAAUGAUAAGGAUACUGGGUCAGUUUUCAAAUGACAGUCUUGAAAACUUAGAGAAAACAUACGUGGUUUCAAGUGGUGAUGAGACGUCUUUGCUGAGAAUCAAGCAGCUCGAAGAAACACUUCGCUCCGGCAAAGAUACAAGGUACAUUAUUCUUCCCCGUGCCCGGAGCGUCGGGGAAUCGUCUUUCAGUGCUCUCUUCAAUACUCUGAAGUCUUUUCUGUACACUGUUCGCACUUUUGUGGGCGAUUUUUCACUGAUCCCUGAUGUUCUUUUACUGAAUGGUCCUGGUACAGCAGUUCCAUUGGCCUAUCUUGUGUUCUUCUUCAAACUGAUAGGCUUGGGUCAUACAAGAAUUGUGUACGUGGAGAGUCUGGCACGAGUAAACAAUCUCAGCAUUUCCGGGAAAUGUAUAUUGCCAUUGGCUGACCGGUUUAUUGUUCAAUGGGAGAAACUGGCCCAUGACUACAAUAGAUGCGAGUACUAUGGUGUAUUAGUUUAA